UUGAAAAAAAAAAAAUUUAAUCUGUAUGUUUACAUAUUAAGUUUAUCUAUACUUAAUUACUUAUGGUCUUUGAGAUAACUUGUACUUAAUUGGAUGAAGUAUAAAGUGCAACUAUCGCGCAAGCGGUACACAAUUUCAGCACUGCGCACUUCUUAAAUAUAACCUUUGAUAGAGUCGCGCGCGAAAUGAUUAAUUCUGCAUAUGUAGCAGCUGUAAGCGCGCAGUAACGACAGUAAACAGAGACUUUACUACCCGGUCCCGGUGACUUUGUUUGGUUUCAUUUUUUUCCACCUAAAACGUCAAUCGAAAACACAAUACUCCCAUUAUGUUCGUUGCAAGAAGAGCCCUUGUCACUGGAUCUCGAAUAUGCAAGGAGACUGCCAUCAGAGCAAAGCACUGCCUGCCAGAGCUGCCAUACGACUACAAGGCCCUGGAGCCCAUCAUCUGUGCUGAAAUCAUGCAGCUCCAUCACUCCAAACAUCAUGCCACCUAUGUAAACAAUCUUAACGUUGCCGAGGAAAAGCUGAAGGAAGCCGUUGCCAAGGGUGAUGUCAGUGCUCAGAUUGCUUUGGCACCUGCUAUCAAGUUCAACGGAGGUGGCCACCUGAAUCACAGCAUCUUCUGGCAAAAUCUUUCGCCCAACUCGUGCAAGCCAGAUGCUGCUCUCUUGAGCCAGAUAGAAAAGGACUUCUGUAGUUUGGAAGAGAUGAAAAAGAGACUGUCGGAGGCAACGGUUGCGAUUCAAGGCUCUGGCUGGGGCUGGCUUGGUUACAAUCAAAAAGAUAAGCAACUGCAGAUAGCCACCUGUGCCAAUCAGGAUCCGCUUCAAGCGACGACAGGAUUGAUCCCACUGUUUGGUAUCGAUGUGUGGGAACACGCUUAUUACUUACAGUACAAAAAUGUGCGACCAGACUACGUGAAAGCAAUCUUUGACAUUGCCAACUGGAAUGAUAUUGGUGCUCGUUACAAAAAAGCUGCUGGUUGCUAGACAUCCAGAGUUGUCAGAUUUUUGGAGCAUUUAAUUCUGUUAUUGCACGAAUCGCAGCGCGAGAUUAGAAUCGCAACUUUUGUAUCUAUGAUAUGCAUUACAUUAGUUUCUUAAGAUACUCCAAAGCACCCUUUGUUUUAUAUGAAACAUUACCAGGUCUGUGAUUAUAAUUGUAACGCAGUGGUAAAUACAAGGCUUGAAACAUCCAA